GUUUACAUUGUGGAAGAUCCUUUGAGCAAAGAAACGAGGCGUUUUGGCACGUUAUAGCGAUUCCAGGUGGGCUUUUUGCUGUUUGGAUCACGCAUCCGGCUAGAGCGAGAGCUUGUGGGUCACAGGGUAGAGAGAGAGAGAGAGGCUUUCCUUUUAGGGAAGUGGAAAGAAGUGAGAGCCAAGAAAUGGCGAGCUCCAGGAGCAAGAUUCCGGCUUACACGCCGGCGCUCGUCAUCGGCUUGGUGGUGGUGGCGCUCUUGGGUUUCCAGACGCUCCGGGAACGCAAUUCCACCAGUGCUGCGCUAUACCAGAAGGAGAGCGAGAUCGUCAAGCUCCAUCUAGAGCUCCAAGAGGUUCUCAAGUCGUCCGAGCAGCUGCAAAGAACAGUGUCUAGCCUCCGAGCCGAGAAGAGCAAGCUUGCGACUGAUACCAGUAGCUUGAACUCGCAGCUUGCCCAGCUCGAGAAGUACCGGGGUUCCACCGAGGACAGGAAGAGGAACUUGGAGGAGACCGUGCAAAGCAAGGAGGAGGAGAUCGAGGAGCUCAAGGAGCAGUUGGGGAAGAUGCAGCACAGCGCCGAGGAGCUGCGGGAGCUCAAGCAGCAGAUUCGUGAGCUCGAGGAGAAGCUGAAGUUGGCUCAAACGGGUGGUGGCGCUGGGGUGAAGAAACCGGAAGCGAAGGAAUUCGUGUCGGGUCUGGAGGAUGAGGAUCCCAAGGCCCGAAACUCGACAGCUCUGGAAGACGAGAAAGAAGACGAGGAGGCGAGGACGACUGAGGAGUCUUCGAAAGAUGAAGAUGAUUCAAAAGAGGAGGACGAGAAGAAUUUGGAGGAAGGAGUCGAAGAGGACAACGAGCAGGAUAAGUUGGACGAAGAUAGCAAGUCUGCGGAGUUGGAUCUGGAAGAAGGAAGUUUGGGUGGAGAUAACAACCAGGAGGCCGCAGAAUAGUUUGUUUGUUGGAAAAAGUUCCAACUCGAGAGCUUAGCUUCUCUUUUACCUUGAAGUCUGUAAAGAGUUUUUGCGUGUUUUAAGAAGCUACACUUUGGCC